CGUGUGUUUAUAUUUUUUCGAAAAUAAAUAUUUCUUUGCAUGAUAAAUAAUUUACGUAUCGUUCUAAGCAAAUUGACAUUGUGUACAUUUGGGUGAAUAAUUGUUGAAAAUAUUUUGAUGCUCUUAAUCUUAACAAAUAAAUAGUUGAUUGAAGAUGUCAGGAGAUGCGGCGGCAGGCGCGUCGCAAGUUGUGCUGGUGACGGGCGGCUACGACCACACCAUCAAGUUAUGGCAGGCUCACAGCGGCGUUUGCUUGCGGACUAUGCAACAUCCGGACUCGCAAAUAAAUGGCCUAGAAAUAAGGCCCGAUGGCCAGAUGGUGGCCGCUUGCGGCUACCAGCACAUACGCAUGUAUGACCUCGCUAGCACCAACCCAGACCCUGUCAUGAAUUAUGAGGGUGUAAGCAAAAAUGUUUCUAGAGUUGGAUUCUCGGAAGAUGGCAAAUGGAUGUAUACAGGAGGAGAAGAUUGUACAGCUAAAAUUUGGGAUAUAAGAGUGGGCCGACAGUUCCAAUGCCAGCGGAUCUUCCAAGUGCCGGCGCCGGUAAACGCCGUCAUCAUGCACCCCGACCAGACGCAGAUCAUGGUCGGCGACCAGAGCGGCAUCAUCCACGUGUGGGACCUGCGCACCGACCAGAAUGAACAGCUGAUACCGGAAGCCGAGGCGUCGAUCCAGGACAUCGCGAUCGACCCGGAGGGGCGCAUGAUGGCGGCCGUGAACAACAAGGGCAGCUGCUACGUGUGGGCGCUGGGCGGCGCGCCGCCGCGGCCCGUGCCGCGCAAGCACCUCGUCGCGCACACCAAGUACGCGCUGCGCUGCCGGUUCAGCCCGGACUCCACAAUGCUCGUGACGACGAGCGGCGACUGCACGGCGCGCGUGUGGCGCACCAGCGACUGGGGCCUGCAGCGGGAGCUGCGCCACGACUCGCAGCGCUGGGUGUGGGACUGCGCCUUCAGCAACGACGAGCGCUACCUCUUCACUGGUUCGUCGGACAGCUACGCGCGGCUGUGGGACCUCGAGAAGGGCUCGCUGGAGCGCGAGUACUGCGGCCACCAGAAGCCCAUCACCGCGCUCGCCUUCCGCGACCAGGCCGGCUAGGAUAUACACUAGACACUUACC